UGUCAACAGUUCCCUAAAGACAAGUGAACAUGAAGAUAAUGUGAGAGAUGCACACUACUCCUAUUUUUCUUGCAGAGAGAGCGAGGGGAGAGAGGAAGACAGACAGACAGGCAGGCAGGCAGGCAGGCAGUGCAACGGAAGCAGAAGUGGAAAGUUAGAAUGUUUAGAUGUUGUGGUUAACGUUGGCAAGCGGACCGUCUGAACUUUUAUAGUAAGAAGUGUAAAGUCCCAGGAUUAGGGGCUAACCAUCCUGCAAAUGAAUGUAAUAACCACAGUCAGCUCUUCCUCUCGGCUGCUCCGCAACAAGCUACGGGUGUCAGUCACGACCGGGGCACCAGGGAAGAGCUGCUAGCGCAGGGCGGAACUGGAACGGGACUACAGCCGACUCUUUGCACUUCUGUCCGGGCAAGCCCUAUACCCUGAGCCCCGCCCGCUCUCAGCUCUACGGGACAUUAUUACUUUAGGCAAGCCUGAAAACGGCAACUACGACCGACAGAGCAAUGUGCAAUGGGGUUGGCUACUUUUGACUACUUUUCCAACUCUCUAUAAAGUCCGAUCAUAUUUAUUUUUCUUUCUAAAACGAGCUGUUAAAGGCUAUGCAGUAUCUGACUGUCAGCACGUCAUCAUCUAAUAGUUGAUAUGAACUAGAUGUGACAGGCACGAUUGGAACCUUAAGAACCAUACUACUACUACUGCUUCUUGCGCUUCUGAAGGCUGGUUCCAGAACACGAUGAGUGGAGGCAAGAAGAGGAGUGGCUUCAAGAUCACCAGUGUGACAUCUGGGGAGGCCCCACCCCCUGCCAGCUCCUCUAGCCAAUCAAGUCACUCCCCUCAGUCCUCCAGCCAAGCAGCAGCUUCUUCCAAGCCUGGCUCCUCCCACCAGCAAGGAAGCUCUUCCCAGCCAACAACUCCCCGCUCGCUUAGGAAAUACAACUCCCACGAUUCCACGGGGCAGGGCUCCAGGUUCCGAGUCGUCCGAUUGGGACAGGGCCAUGGAGAACCCUAUCGUCGGGGGCGAUGGAUCUGCACUGAUUUCCUGGAACGAGAGGAAGGGGUGGGGUUUAGGCGGGUGAUGGACAGUAUGAGACAUGCACACUCUCUGGAGUCACUGGAGGGGAUUGGUCUAGAGAGGGUAGGGGGAGGUGCUGGGGGCGGGCUGUUGGGGCACAUGCCCGCUCUCAGGGCGGGAAACCUUGUCCACUCCCAGGGCACCACCCACUUGCUGGCCCAGCCAAUAGGUUCCGAGGGGGAGGGCUUUGGAGGGUUCAAGCCUCUUUUUCUCCACAGUGGCCCACCCUCCCCCACAAACCUGGACCGAUCAAAUUUAAGGGUGGUUGACUCAAUGCCCCCUCCGCCGAGCCCUCGCCCACGGAACAUACCCCCCCCUUUACGACUGGAUGUGGAUGCGUCCGGGAGGUCUCUGUUGAGAGUGUCUCAUUCCCAGCCCAGUUCCCCCCCUCUACAAGGGAAAGAUGGUACGUUCCUGCCCAGUCUGACUCCUAUCCAGACUCCUUCUGCCUGGUCCAUGUUUGGAACGGGGGGGGAUUUCCAUCUGCUGGGAGAGGACAGCCCUGUUUCUGCUUUGUUGGUUGGUGGAUGUGUGUGUAUGUAUAGUCUCCCAGCCGAAGUCUCUGCUGUGGUGACAUCUAAUCCUCCAGUCAAUAUUUAUCUGAUACAGCAGCAUGGGUGGGGGGCAGGGAGGGGGUUAACACGCACCACAGGUCAGAGUGUGUUGAUCUGGGAAUCUAAUCAGCAUACUCAGAGGGAGUGGGCUCCAGAGAAUGCCACAAGCCCUCUGAUUGGCUGACAUACUGAGUGG